UAUUUCUCAACAAUUAAACUAUCUGAUUCUUGUGUUGAAUCAAUUUAAUUAGAAGAUAACUAUAAUUAGUUCAACGAUUGUUCCGAUUCAUCGAAAUCAACUGACACAUCGACAGUUAUAUUACCCUAACAACCAUUUAGAUGUUGACAAUAUUCAACAAGGAGACAACCGGUGUUUUUGUUUACAUCAUUUUCUUUAAAGUUAAUUAGUGAAUCUUUUUGUUGUUAUUAAUUUUGACCACUCUCAAUGAUUCUCCAAGGAUAAUUGCUGCUAAUAUUUGGUCGCUGAUUGAUAAGAUUACUUAAGACUUGUGGUACAAAAUGGCAAAUGUGAAUCCCUAUCAUCUCAUGUUUCUUUUUCUCGGACUAACAACAAGUCUUGCUGUUGGUUUAUCUCCUCAUCUAUUUAUUCAUUUUCUGUCCAUUGGAAUAUUUUCAUUGAUCAGUUUCCACGUUACCAUGAAAACUAUUCCCAGUUUAUCGGAGAAAUUUGUAAAAGCUCAAGUUACCGGUGUCGAUAUGUGUAAACCUAACGGUAAACCGAUACCCGAAGCCAUGGGUGUAAUCGCUGGUUCUGUUUUCCUGAUGACAAUGUCACUUUUUAUCCCGAUCCCUUUCCUCCAGUUUGACAAAACUUAUUUGAUAAAUGAAAAUUUCCUCACCGAUUCAAUCAAAUUAAGCGUACCAAUGAUCAACCUAAAGGCUCGUGUUUUCGAUGAUCUUCAAUUCGAAUCAUUAAUUGCCGCUCUUCUUUCAAUCUGUUGUAUGGUUCUAUUAGGAUUCGUAGAUGAUAUUUUGGACCUUCGAUGGCUUCAUAAGUUAACCUUACCCACGAUCGCGUCGUUCCCAUUGUUGACCGUUUAUGCGGUCACUUACAACUGUACUUGGGUAUUAUUACCCAAACCAUUUUCGUUUGCACUUAAUUUGGGUAUAUUUUAUUACGUUUAUAUGGCAAUGAUGGCGGUUUUUUGUACUAACGCGAUAAACAUACUCGCUGGAAUCAAUGGACUGGAAGUUGGUCAAAGUUUGAUCAUUUCGAUUUCGGUUCUCAUCUACAAUCUAAUCGAACUCUCCAGCACAGUUUGGAAAGUUCAUCUUUUUUCGAUCACCUUUAUAUUACCCUUUAUAUGUGUAUCAUCGGCUCUUCUUUGGUACAACUGGUAUCCAGCUCAAAUUUUCGUCGGCGAUACUUAUUGUUACUUCGCUGGAAUGACUUUCGCUGUCGUUGGAAUCUUGGGUCAUUUUAGUAAAACGAUGUUACUAUUUUUUAUUCCACAGAUUUUCAAUUUUCUAUUCUCUUGUCCCCAAUUAUUUCACUUUGUCCCAUGUCCACGACAUCGACUCCCCAAGUACAAUUCGAAGACAAAUUUAAUGGACAACAGUUACUUUGAAUAUAACCCGAAAGAAGUUAAAUUCCUUGGUUGGUUUUGCCUUAAAUUUGCUCGCACAUUUAAACUAAUCAACGAGGAAACAAUUUCAUCAACCAAAAUUAAAUGUACCAAUUUAACCUUAAUCAACUUAGUCAUCUUAUGGUCUGGUCCAAAGCGGGAAGACUCAAUUGUCCGUCGAUUACUUUUCAUUCAAAUGGCCUCAUCUGCGUGCGCCUUUUUCAUCCGUUACUAUCUUGUUCAAUUUAUAUACUAAUUAACUAUUCUAUUAACAAUUUUGUACAACAAUCAGCAGAGGAAUUAAAUUAUUGACUAGUCAAUUGGGUUAACUAGAAAACCAUUGAAACAAA